GAUGCAUCGACAUGGACGCAGGUUACGACAACCAUGUUCGUCUUUGGCGGCUCUCAGAUCACCGAACCAUUGCCAUCUUCCAGCACCCAGCCUUGACGGUAUGCGUCAGUUUCACCAUGGACGGCAAGCACCUCCUCGGUGGAGGUGAAGAUAAGAUGGUAUCAGAGUUGAUUUCCUACUACCCCUUCGCGAUCUCAUCUCGCGUCCUUUUGGUGGCCAAGCUCGAGUCUCUGAUUCAAAGAUCCUCACCAUCAACACCACCGCUCGCAAUGCAUGCACUACGAGGGACUUGUCAAUGUCUACCACUGAAGAGUUAUUCACACAAGAGAUCUCAAAAUUGAACAGUGCUGUCGACACGCAAACACAAAAGCCGCGCGAGCAGUAUAUUGGUGUCUCUGAAGCGGAAGGUGUAAUUCGAAACAUCAUUAAAGUUCAGCUGGAAACCGCCCCCCUUCGUCUAGUAAACACUGCCACCGGGCUCUUAUGUGCCCGAGAAGUGCAGAUAUGUAUGUUCGAAGCCAGCACAGAGUACAAGGAACUUCUGUUAUGGACUAUGAAGCAUCCAGCCCUGAACCGCAUUGUAGAAGCGGUGGUGACGUACUUUCGUUGGGCCAUGCUAUCGCAUAGGUGGGAAGUGACAGAGCCGCUGCUGUACGACAUCCAGGACAAGGUCGUGUACAAGUUGAAAUCAGGUGGCGGUUUGAGUAUCGCGAAGUUGCAGUCAUUCUGCAAAACCGCUCGUGAUGUAGGGUAUCACUGGGCGUGGGUUGAUACAUGUUGCAUCGACCAGAAGAACAGUGUUGAGCUUCCGCCGUUGUCCAAGUCUGGCGCGUUGGCGAAGAGCGCUUGGAACUCCCGAGGAUGGACUGUCCCAGAAUUCCUUGCUCCUAAGGUCAUUCGCUUCUACCAACAAGAUUGGUCUCUAUAUCUUGACGACCACACCCCCAAUCACAAGGAAUCCAUCAAAAUCAUGGAUGAGUUGGAGGAUGCGACGGGCAUAGGUGCACGCGCCAUUGUCGCCUUCCAACCGGGGAUGAGAGAUGCCCGAGAGAAACUCCAAUGGGCGUCAACACGUGUCACCACUGUGCCAGAAGACACUGCAUACUCAUUGUUUGGCAUCUUCGGCAUCCAAAUCCCUAUCCUCUAUGGCGAAAACAAGCAAAAUGCGCUUGGGCGGCUCCUACAGGAAAUCAUAGCUCAGUCGGGCGACAUUACUGCCUUGGACUGGGUCGGAAAACCUUCCGAGUUUAACAGUUGUCUUCCAGCUGACAUCUCCUCAUACGAAGCUCCGCCAUGCGCGGAGUCAUCUCUAUCCGAAUACCAGAUUCAGUUAUCGGUCUCCUCACUGCGAGAUGCUGUAGCUCUAGAGUCGGCCUGGAGAUUGUAUCAGACACUCGACUACCUGUCCGCUCCCUGUUUCGCGCACCGCCGGUUGCAUUUGCCAUGCAUCGUAUUCUCAGUCACAGAAGCCAGGCGGAACCCUGGUCCAGACCAGGAGACAUAUACAUAUGCAAUCAAGGCAGAUGGACUUCACGACCUGCAGAUCACCACGAAACACAAGUUCAUCCCAUUCUCGCAGGCAAGGCCGCUGCGAACCGGGCUGACGUUCUUGCUGGUCCGUCCAUGGAGUCGUCACCUGCUUGAGCUGCCUGAUGCUGCAGACGAUAUGCGGAGCGUGACAGAUUGGUCCAUACGAUCUCUGUUGCAUGACCGGCCCUCUGCAGAAAAUGAUCCGGUUUAUUCAGAGUCUCACUCGCGAGCAUUGCGAUUGAUGGUUCGCCUUGCGCAGCCUUUUGCCGCAUUUUUGCUAAUGCGGCAACACUCUGGAGAAUUCAAGAGAAUCGCUUCGGAUCGUGAUAUCCUUGCACAAGUCAAGGACAUCGCUUCUGUUCACGACACGAUGGGCAUCAGGACCAUAGAAAUUUCGUAGACGUAUGUGUUUUGUUUUGAAUACCAGAGAACUCCGAGCAGUUAUCAUUCUUACCCUCACGUCAUAUAUCCAUACAUAGAUACUGUAUAAUUUCCUUCAAAGCAGA